AUGAUAGAAGAGCGGACGAAUGGAUCGACUGGCACGCCUCUCCUACGACAACGAUCAUCACAUCACGACACAAUGGACUCGACGGACUUGCAGCUGCUCGCCAACAAGAAGCACGACCUUCUGCACGCUGCGCAAGAGGCGAGGAAGCUCUCCUAUUCUCCAUACAGCAAAUUCCGCGUCGGCGCAGCUCUGCUGACCAAAUGGGGCGAGAUCAUCCUAGGAGCCAACUACGAGAAUGCCUCUUACGGUGGUACUGUCUGCGCUGAACGUACUGCCCUAGCAAAGGCGCUCAUCCGGUCUGACCAGCUCGACGUGUCGGAGCAAAGCUCGGCGCGCAAGAUCCAACGUGGCGACAUCAUCGCUGUGGCCGUCGCAAGCGAUCUCGAGGGCAGCUGCAGUCCGUGCGGUAUCUGUCGCCAGGUCAUCCGCGAACACUGCAGCCUCAACGCCCGCAUCCUCAUGGUCGGCUGCAACUGGAGUAAAGCAAGUGCUGCACAGACGAUUCAAGGCACAGUCGAAGAUCAAGGCGGCAAGGAGCUCAACGAGGCCAAUGUCGAGGUGGUGACGCUCGAGUAUCUUUUGCCCAUGAGCUUUGGUCCGGAAGACCUAGACAAGCCGCGGCAUUCAUAG